AUGUAUUUAAWUUAUGUCUCAUUUGUGGCACUUAUUACCACAUUAUAUGUGRUAAAUGCUUUAAAAACUAAUCGAUUGGAUUGUGUCAUAACAAAUAAAAAGUUUAGUGAAAAUCAAUGUCUGGAAAGAGAUUGUAUAUAUGAUGCAAAUCCGGAAAGUCCUGACAUUCCGUACUGUUAUUUCAAUGUCAAUAAAAUUGGUUAUAAAGUGAAUGAAACUUCUGUCAAGACAUCGGAUACCGGUUUAGAAGCUUUGAUUAAACUCAAAGACACAGCAAAAGACAUAAAAUUUGUUAAACAAUUUGAUACUUUAAAAGUUGAGGUCAAAUAUUUAACUAAAAAUAUUGUCAGAUUUAAAAUAUACGAUCCAAACAAUAAACGAUAUGAAGUUCCCAUUCAAUCCGAGUUUCCUUUACUUAAGAAUCCACCCAAACCUCCAAAAAUURAUGAUUUAAAAUAUAGAUUUAACUUAAGUAAAAAUAAUUUUGAUUUUACUAUUGAAAGGAAAAGUACUGCAACUAAAAUUUUUGACACAACUAUUGGUGGACUUAUAUUUAGCGAUCAAUUUAUACAAAUAGCUAGUUAUUUACCGUCAAAUAAUGUCUAUGGUUUGGGUGAGAAUACUCACCAAUCAUUUAGACAUAACCUAAACUACAAGACUUGGCCCAUAUUUACCAAAGAUUCACCUCCUGAUGACAAUGAGGUCAAUAACUACGGUCAGCACCCGUUUUAUACAGUAUUAGAAACUAAUGGCAAAUCACACGGAGUCUUAUUGCUUAAUAGCAAUGCGAUGGAGUACACAUUGAUGCCACGGCCGGCCAUAUCGUUCAAAACAAUUGGCGGUAUUCUUGACUUCUUUGUCUUUGUUGGCGAUAAUCCCGAACACGUCAUACAGUUGUAUACAUCACUGAUUGGCCGCACAUUUAUGCCGGCUUUUUGGGCAUUGGGUUUCCAACAAAGCAAAUAUGGUUAUCAUAAUACCAGUCAUGUCAAGGCUGUCGUUGACAGACAAAUCAAACAUAAUAUUCCUUAUGACGUACAAUUUAUUGAUAGCGACUAUAAGUAUUGGUCACGUGACUUUACAAUAGAUCCCAAUUAUUUUGCAGAUCUACCAAAACUUAUAGACGACACUCAAUCCCAAUAUAACCUUCACUGGAYACCAAUCAUUGAUCCGGGCAUUCAGGGAAAUGCAUCCAAUUAUGAUAUAUUUACAAAUGGCAAUAACCAAAAUGUGUUCAUCAAAUGGCCAGACAGUGUGCCAAUGAAAGAUAGACAUAAUCCAGAACAGGUAGACAUAACCCAUAAUAAUAUAUACGGUCGGGUUUGGCCCAAUGGUCCGGUAGCCUUUCCCGACUUCUUCAAAAAUGCUACCCAAAUCUGGUGGCAAAAUAAUUUUAAACACUUGUAUUCAAUUGGAUGGAAAUUUAAUGGACUUUGGAUUGAUAUGAAUGAACCGGUCAAUUUUUGGACGGGUAAAGGAUAUAAUCUACAGUGUCCUAUCAAUAAUUAUGAUAAUCCUCCUAUUAAUAUAAAGGCGCUUUGGGUUAAUAAUUUCGAUCAAUUAAGUAGAGGUACUCUGUGUAUGAUUGGUGUGGAGGGAGAGUCGGGUCAAUACAAACACUAUGACGUCCACUCACUCUAUGGCUUGACUAUGGCUGUGCCAACUCAAAAAGCAUUACAAGUAAUCACUGGUAAAAGAGGUUAUGUGUUAUCGCGAUCGACAUUUGUAUCGUCGGGUCGCUAUACAGGUCACUGGUUAGGGGAUAACCAUAGUCUAUGGCCUCAUAUGAAAGACUCGAUAAUAGGAAUAUUGGAAUUCAAUCUCUUUGGUAUACCUUAUAUCGGCGCCGAUAUCUGUGGUUUCUUUGGCAAACCCACACCAGAACUAUGUCUUCGAUGGCAACAAUUGGGAGCUUUCUAUCCAUUUAGUCGUAACCAUCACGAGAACGGUCAGGAGUUAGAACAGGAUCCGGCCGUUUGGGCUGAAAGAGGAAACCCUGAAGUGACAGAAGCGGCCAAAAAUGCACUUUAUUUGAGAUAUUCAUUACUUCCCUAUUUAUAUACUCUUUUCUUUAAAGCCCAUGUCUUUGGCAAUACAGUUGUCAGACCACUAUUUCAUGAAUAUCCCACAGAUAUACAAACAUAUAGUAUUGAUGAACAGUUUAUGUGGGGAUCGGCUAUACUUAUAUCUCCUUUUCUUUAUGAGAAACAAAAAGAAGUGAAAGCUUACAUUCCUUCAGAUGUUUGGUACGAACCGAGCGGUGAUUUUGUUAAGCUUUUCCCAAACACCGGUCGCGUAGCACUCGCCGACUCAUCACUUCAUCCGCCCAUCCAUUUCAGGGGUGGAUCCAUAAUACCAGUUGCUUAUAAACGUGCGGUCAAUACUCAAGAGUUGCGUCAAAAACCAAUUCAAUUGGAAGUUUAUCCCAAAGACCGUCGAGCCGUCGGUGAUUUGUUUUGGGACGACGGAGAGUCUAUCAAUACUAUUGAAGAUAAUCGAUACAAUUUGUAUAGAUUUGAAUUAUAUCCUAACUGUUCACUUGAGAUUCAUAAUCAAAAACAUGGAUAUCACUCAUCAACUCCUCAUAUAAUCAACAAAAUUUUUGUGGCAAACACUAAAAAGACUAAAAUAAGUGCAACAAUUGAUGACAAAAUUAUCGAUAAUAUUAUGAUUUACAACCACUAUAUAGUGUUUCUCGUAAACAUUGACUUGAAUUCAGGCAAACUGAACCAAAAGUGGACAAUCAGUUGGAAAAGCAUUACUGAUAACACAUGUAAUUUGAAUUAAUUUUCAAAACUACGAUAAUAAUACUAAAUUCAUUCAAUAAUAAGCUUAAAUAUGCCCGUAUA